AUGUUUAGACCCCCCGUCCAGGACCCCGUCUUAACCGCCGAAGACGAAAGGUUCCUGCAGAACAUCGUGACCGAGACCGGUGACAACCGUGUCGUGUCGCCAUCCGCGCAAGAGUCGGACUCACGUUCUCCCGUGAGUCCACUGGGGACCGACGCGCCGACGCUCCAGUCGCCCGUGUCACCCGUGGAGGAGUUUGGCAGAGAACUCGGCGAGGAAGGGCGCAAGGCUCGAGGGCUGGCACAGAAACAACCGAGCGGCACCUCGGAGACCUCCAAAGCCGAGACAUCAACACCGAUCGAGAAAGAGAAGAAAAAGAGAUGGACUUGGCUGCGACGGAUGAACACGCAGAAGAAUAAAGAAAACGCGCGACCGGAAACCCCAAGCCAACCCCCGAGCCAGCUUCCUGCCAACGGUAACGAUGACGAAGCGAAACAGGACGCGGAGGAUAUGACGGAGAUCCUGGAGCGCUUGAAUCUGGCGGCGGACAACAACAAGGUUAUCUCCAUCAGCGACGAUACUCAGGAACUCUUGCGCAAAUUCAAGUUGAUUUUCAAGGAUCUCAUCAACGGCGUGCCGACUGCCUACCAUGACCUCGAGAUGCUCCUGACCAACGGCAACAAAACACUCCAGAGUACAUACUCCAAGCUCCCUAGUUUCCUCCAGAAACUCAUCGAGAAGCUCCCGGAGCGAUGGACCGAGAGCCUGGCUCCGGAGAUAAUCGCAGCAGCAAGUGAUAGAGCGGGAAAGAGUGGAAUCAACGUGGAAAAUGUGGGCAAGGCCGCGGCUGCCGCCAACAAGAUGGGGAUCGAGGUGCCCAGCCUGAAAGAGCUGGUUGGGAAGCCGGCAGCGAUUGUGGGAAUGCUCCGGUCCAUCGUGGCUUUCUUGAGAGCGCGAUUCCCAGCCGUCUUGGGCAUGAAUGUACUCUGGUCCUUGGCCUUGACCAUUCUGCUCUUCGUCUUGUGGUAUUGCCAUAAACGGGGCCGGGAGGUUCGUUUGGAGAACGAGCGUCUGGUCACCGAGGCCGAGAUCGAUCAGCUCAAUGAGCAAGCUGCGUCGGACGAGCGAAUCCGCGCUACGGAGACGCUUACAACCACCGCACCACAGGGGGCUUCAACGACGGAGAUCCGUCAAGGGAUGCGCGAAGCUGAGCAAACCCGAGAAUCAGCCGCUGCUACACCCAUAAAUGGGCCAAGUGAAAGUGGAGGAGCAGACGAAACGCAGUACACCCCCGCGCCGAAACCAGCACGCUCCAAAUCGAUAUUGUCCAUUUGGGGCCGGUCCAACCAGAGGGCAUCUACAGCGCCGGCACCCAAGAUCGAGCCCUACCCGGGGACAUGA